CCAUCCAACUAUGCCAUCUCCCUGUUCGAUCUCGAGCUCGGCGGUAGCUGGACCUACCAGGGCAAGGUCGACAUUGACGUCGAGGUCAAGCAGGAGACCAAGGAAAUCACUUUGAACACCCACCAGCUCAAGGUCCAGAGCGCUCAGGUUUCGACCGAACAAGGAAAGACUGAGGGUGCCAUCAAGGCUUCUAACAUCACCUACGAUGAGAAGAACCAGAGAGCUACCUUCCACUUCGACCAGCCCGUGCCUCAAUCGCACAAGGCCGUCAUCUCGGUCAAGUUCAGCGGUAUCAUGAACAACGAUUACAAGCCCACCAUUCCUGCCGCCGCAUCUGUCCCUAGAGACUCUGAAUACCACUACAUGCUGUCCACCCAAUUCGAGUCUUGCGACGCUCGCAGAGCUUUCCCCUGUUUCGAUGAGCCAAACCUCAAGGCUACUUUCGACUUCGAGAUUGAGAUCCCUGAGGACCAGACUGCUCUAUCCAACAUGCCUGAGAAGGAAGUCAAGAAGGGCAACAAGUCCGGCACAAAGGUUGUUUCCUUCGACCGCACUCCUAUCAUGAGCACCUACCUUCUGGCUUGGGCUUUCGGUGACUUUGAAUACAUCGAGGACUUCACCAGACGCAAGUACAAUGGCAAGAAUCUCCCCGUCAGAGUCUACACCACUAGAGGCCUCAAGGAACAGGGCAAGCUGGCUUUGGAGAGUGCUCACCAGGUUGUCGACUACUUCUCCGAGAUCUUCCGUAUCGAGUACCCUCUUCCCAAGGUCGACCUUUUGGCUGUUCACGAAUUCAAGUACAAGAACCGCAUUGUCUACGUUGUUGCUCACGAACUUGCCCAUCAAUGGUUCGGAAACCUCGUCACCAUGGACUGGUGGUCAGAACUCUGGUUGAACGAGGGUUUCGCUACCUGGGUUGGCUGGUUAGCUGUGGACCACCUUCACCCGGAUUGGUCAGUCUGGUCUCAAUUCGUCACUGAGUCUAUGCAAACUGCAUUCAACCUGGACUCUCUGAGAACUUCUCACCCCAUUGAGGUCCCUGUCAGGAAUGCACUGGAAGUCGAUCAAAUCUUCGACUCUAUCAGUUAUCUCAAGGGAAGUUCGGUCAUUCGCAUGUUGGCUUCCCACUUGGGUGUCGAAACAUUCUUGCACGGUGUUGGAGACUACCUUCAGGCCCACAAGUACCAGAACGCUACCACUAGCGAUCUAUGGUCUGCUCUCAGCAAGGCUAGUGGAAAGGACGUCAACACUUUCAUGGACCCCUGGAUUCGUAAGAUUGGUUUCCCUGUUGUCACUGUAGCAGAAGAGCCUGGUCAAAUCAGUAUCAAGCAGUCUCGCUUCCUUAGUGGCGGAGACGUCAAGCCCGAAGAAGACGAGACCACCUGGUGGAUCCCUCUUGGUCUCAAGUCUGGCUCCAACACAGCCGAAGUCAAGAGCGGCUCUCUCACUUCUAAGGAGGACACUAUCCGUGACGUCGAUGACAGCUUCUACAAGCUCAACUCCGAACAGACUGGCUUCUACCGCACAAACCUGCCUCCUAAGAGACUUACACAACUUUCGACUCAGCUUGAUAAGCUUUCUCCUCAAGACAAGAUUGGCCUGAUCGGUGAUGCUGCAGCUCUUGCCAUCUCAGGCGAUGCAACCACUGCCGGCGUCCUUUCUUUCCUCGAGGGCUUCACGAAGGAGACCAACUACCUUGUCUGGUCCGAGGUUCUUUCAAGUCUCGGAAACAUUAGAUCUGUCUUCGCCGACGACGAGCAGGUCUCUGAGGGUCUUCGCCAGUACACUCUGCGUUUGGUCAGCGAAGCUACUGACAAGAUCGGCUGGGACUUCGCUCCCCACGACGAUUACCUGACUGGUCAGCUUCGUGCUCUUCUGCUCGCUUCUGCUGGUUUGGCAGGACACGAGGCUACUGUUGCAGAGGCCAAGAAGCGUUUCGCCGCUUUCACUGAGGGUGGUGAUAAGAAGGCUAUUCAUCCCAGUUUGCGCACAGCUACCUUCAAGAUUGCCGUCAAGGAAGGUGGUAAGCCUGCAUACGAUGCCGUCAUGAAGGAAUACCUUAACACAACCUCUGUCGAUGGCAAGGAGAUUGCUCUUCAAGCACUCGGCAGAGUCCAAUCGACUGAGCUGGCUAGAGAGUACCUCAAAUGGUCUUUCAGCGGCGCUGUUGCCACUCAAGAUCUGCACACCCCUUCCAGAGCAUUGGCUCUCAACUCAAAGACCAAGCUCGAAGUCUGGCACUUUGUGAAGGAGAACUGGAGCAUGCUGAGAGAGCGCCUUGGCAACAACAUGGUCGUCCUGGAGAGAUACCUCCGCAUGAGCCUUAACAGAUUCUCGAGCUUCGAGGUUGAGAAGGAUAUCGCCGACUUCUUCAAGAACAAGGACAAUGCUGGCUACGAUCGUGGUCUUGCUGUUGUCAGCGACACGAUCAAGGGCAGAGCCAGAUACGCACAGCACGAUCUUGAGAUUGUUAGAGAGUGGCUGUCGGCUCACGGUUACAUGAAGUAG